CGUCAAAGUCGCAGCCCGACGCUACGACGGCGAUUUCUUUCGACUGAAGCCCCCGCCGUCCAUCGCCUCGGAAAACUGGAAAUCUCCGCCGUGAGUCCAAAGCGAAGAAAUUUUCUCCUAAAUUACUGUGACCGGAGAACUGGGUGAAGCCUGCCAUGGCUGGACCAGCAUUAUCAUCAUCAAAAGCAUUAUGUAUUAAUGAGCUUCUUGUGCCUCACCAUCUACUGGAAGAGGUUCUGGUUCGGAUUCCUUUGAGGGAUGUGUUUCGAUGUAUGUCUGUUUGCAAGCUCUGGCUCGCCUGUAUUCAAGACAGUCCAUACUUCGUAACACGGUUCAUUCGCCGAAGGAUCGAGACAGAAGAGGCAUACAGUCAGCACCUGCUGUACAAGCAGUGUCUUUCCACAGGAUUUCGUCUGGUUGCAACACCCAUCUACUGCAACGUCGUCGAUGAUGGUUCAGACUUAUCUUUGAAUUUCCUCCCACUCCUAGCUGAGGAGGGUGAUAAUGGCUCGUUCCUGGUGCGGGGAUCAUCCAAUGGCUUGCUCUUAUGCUCCUCUUUCGGAAGAGGGCCUUGCAUUUAUUACAUUUGCAACCCGCUCACCAAGCAGUGGCUUACCCUUCCGCCGUCCCCUUAUGGUCACCAAGGCAGGUUUCGUGUCGGCCUUGUCUGUGAACCCUCCUACCACGUCAAAGAUGAGGAUGGCAGCUUGAUCUCUUUGAACGAUAAAGUUGGUUUUAAGGUGGUACGUUGGGGAUACAUUGGUGGAGAUCUGGCUGAGGUGAUACAUUUCGAGAUAUUCUCAUCCGACACAGUAUGCUGGACUACAUAUAAGUCACAUUUUCGAGAAAGUGAUGUUCACAAGGCUAUGUCAGGAACUCGGAUCUUCUUUUCCCACGAUAGGAUGAUCUAUUGGUUGCUUGAAGGUUCUGAAAUCUUGGUUUUCAAUUUCUACACUGAGGAGUCUUGUAAUCUGGGCCACCUUGCUCUUCCUUCAAAUGCAUUGUUGGCCCCUUUUAAGGGGUUUAACGAAUGCCAAGGCUCACUCUGGCUAGGACAAAGUUUGGGAGCACAAGUGAGAGUUUACAUACUGGUAGAUGGUGAAUGGUGUCUUAGGCAUGAUGUUAACUUCCUGGACGAGAUGCAUUGGAGCUCGAGUUCCGCGAAGGACGCCUUAAGAGUUCGUCCGGACAUGUUCAACUUCCAUGCUAUGCAUCCCAGUGAUCCCACGGUGGGGUAUUUGUCUGCCAGCAACCGUGAUCCCAAUUCGAAUAAUAUCAUAUUCCUGGAGUGCGACUUUGCAGGCAGAAUAGUGAAAGUGGUAGCCGGCGAUUUGGAUGGCAAUGAGCAGUGUGACAGUUUGUUGUAUGUGUUGCCAUUUUCACUUCCACUUUGGCCAACCCCUCUUCCUGCUCUCCCUACUGCUUAAGUAGGUUAUGGUAUGUCCUUACUAUUUAUGUUUGUAGUCAAUGGUGAUUGUAUAUUUGGUUGGAUGUAUUGGUAAAUAAUUAUUGGUAUUUUAGUGCAUUUGGAAGUUGAUAAAACUCACGAAUAUAUAUGAUGUAAACAGAAAAUAAGAGUGAAACAAAUAUAUUAUGGUCA